UCUGUUUCACCCCGUACAAGAUCCCUUUGCAUAUUGUGUUUGUUUGCGUGGCCGCCGUUGACUCUCUGGUUAAUAGAUAAUGCAAUUAAUGUAAACAAGCAUGAAAAUAAAAAGAACAUGGCAUGCAGAGAGUCUAGUCAACACUGAGUUUCCUGCCAUGGAUGGAAAGUACUUUGCCUGAUGCAGCUACAUGCCACACUAUUUGGAAACUCCUUCGGUGGCAUUAAACUGGGCAUGUUGUGGCUCUGCAAACUCAGUGUGCAAAUGGGAUCUUGGGCCAGAGCAUCAUCCCCCUUAGAAGCUGGCUCUGCUUUCGCUCUGGAUUAAUGCCUCUGAACAGGAUCAGGAUUCAGAAAAUUGCAUUCUGGAAAUGACUGGGACCUGAAAGAAAAUUCUGGGUCAUCUAAUGAAGACAAAUGCCUAUAUUUUAACAAGUGCUGACUCUUAGUCACAAGGAGGAAGGAAGGGGGAGCAACUUUAUCUAUGCUUCAGCCCCCAGUAAGGAACAGGAUUGUGUCUUGGUUUUGCAAGGCACUCUCCAGAUAAGACAGGACAAUGUACACCUUUUUGCCUGAGAACUUCACUCCGGUGAAGCAAAAACCAGUCAAAGAGUUGAAACCCAUGAUUGUUGCAAUUGUGUUGGGCCUCGUCCUGUUCAUUGCAGCCGUGGUGGCUUGGUGCUAUUAUGUCGCUUCCCUUCGGAAAGCUGAGAGGCUGAAGACGGAACAGAUGGACCUACGUCAGGAUGGGUUCACCAUCAAAAACCAGAAUGGAGAGCUGGUCUUUAGGUUGGACUUCCAGUCAGGCCUUCUUGACUUGGAGUCCUGCUCCAGAGAAGGAGCAAACUUAACCUGUUCCAGGACAGACAGAGGGAAACUCAAUUUUUUCAUCAAGAUCGUCACCCCGAAAGAUACUGUGAUGUGUUACCGUGUCCGGUGGGAGGAGUUUCUAGCGGACACGGUGGUGGAACACAAAAUGUUCUGGGGGGAUGCACACUGGUAUGGAGGUUGUGAGAUGAGCGUUCAACACUGGCCCAUUCAACUCCCGGGAUCCCAAGAGCCCAUGCCCUUUGUGACCAGUGAUGUGUAUUCUUUCAGGAACAGCUUUGGUGGCAUACUGGAAAGGUACUGGAUCUCCUCAAAAGCAGCGGCUAUCAAGAUUAAUGACUCCGUGCCCUUUCACCUUGGGUUCAAUGCCACUGAAAGGUCUCUCACCUUCCAAGCCAGAUAUAAAGAUUCCCCCUAUAAGCCCCCUCUGGGACAACAACCUUUCCCAGAGCUGAGUUACCGUGUUUGUAUAGGUUCCGACAUCACGUCCAUCCACAAAUACAUGGUGCGGAGAUACUUCUACAAACCUUCUAAGAUCCCCUUCAAGAAUGCAUUCAGGUAUCCAAUCUGGUCAACUUGGGCCUUGUAUAAAAAUGACAUUGACCAGGAUAAACUGCUGCGCUUUGCAGAAAAGAUUAAAAAAUAUAAGUUCAACUGCAGCCAUAUUGAAAUAGAUGAUACUUACACGCAAGCAUAUGGGGACUUUGACUUUGACCCGCUAAAAUUCCCAAAUGCGACAGAAACGUUUGAGAAGCUCAAAGAAGAUGGGUUUGAGAUCACGCUCUGGACCCACCCUUUCAUAAAUUACAAUUCCUCAAAUUUUGGGGUGGGGAUAGAGAGGCAGCUUUUCAUCAAAGAGCCGACAGGAAGGCUCCCAGCAAUGGUUGAGUGGUGGAAUGGUAUUGGUGCCAUAUUGGAUUUCACCAACCCUUCAGCUAGGGAUUGGUUUCAGAGCCAUCUGAGGCAACUCCGCAAUAACUAUGGCAUCUCGUCUUUCAAGUUUGAUGCUGGGGAGACCAGCUAUCUUCCCAAACAGUUCAGCACCUUCCGCCCAUUGUCAGAUCCCAAUAUUUGGUCUCGACGCUACACUGAAAUGGCCAUUCCUUUUUAUGAGCUGGCCGAAGUCCGAGUUGGCUACCAGUCUCAAAAUAUCUCCUGUUUCUUCCGGAUCAUUGACAGGGACUCAGUGUGGGGCUAUGAACUUGGGUUGAAGUCCUUGAUACCAACAGUUCUAACCAUAAGCAUGCUGGGAUAUCCUUUCAUCUCAGCGGACAUGAUUGGUGGAAACUUCUUCCCCAACAAAACAGAUGGUACUGUGGAAAUUCCAGACCGAGAACUCUAUAUUCGCUGGUUGGAACUGUCUGCCUUCAUGCCAUCCAUGCAGUUCUCCAUCCCACCCUGGCUUUAUGACAGAGAGGUCAUAGACAUCGCCCUGAAGUUCACAAGGCUCCAUGAGUCUUUGGUGGCACCCCUCUUGUUGGAGUUGGCCGGGGAGAUCACGGACACCGGUGACCCCAUCAUCCGUCCCAUUUGGUGGAUAUCACCCAACGAUGAGUCUACGCACAAAAUAGACUCCCAGUUUCUCAUUGGGGACACCUUGAUGGUAGCUCCUGUCUUGGAGAUGGGCAAACAAGAGCGAGACAUCUAUAUCCCAGCUGGCAAAUGGCGCAGUUAUAAAGGAGAGUUGUUUGACAAGACACCCACUCUGGUCACAGACUAUCCUGUUGACUUGGACGAAGUGGCUUAUUUUGUCUGGGUGUCUUAACUGGCUCCUCUAGCCCACUGCCACCAGCAGCUUUGUGAAAGUAAUCAUGCCUUAUCCUAAAAGCCUAAGAACAAGCAAUUCUAAUCCACUAACAGAAUGGAAGUGGAAAGCGGGGAUUGACUACACCAGGGAUAGGCACCGUGGUGCCCCCUCAUUUAGACGUCUUCACCAUUACUCCCAUAAGUCCUAGCCAACAUGAGAAAUGGUCAGGGAUUAUGGGAGUUGUGGUUCAAAACAUCUGGGAUUCACUAGACUGCCUCCCUACAGAACACACAUUAGUGUUUUAAAUCUGCUAUAAAGAUCUAGCUUUCUUUGUGAUCUACGAUGCUCUGGUAGAGGCUAACAGUGUCAUGUUGCGCAUUGAUGCAAAGGAACCCACCAGGAAAACCAAGAACAUCCGAGCUUGAUGUGGACACACUUGAAUGUAUUUCUUCCAUGAGUUUAUGUUUUGGCAGUCUGGCUCUGUGCCAUCUCUGAUGUUUUCAUUGAGUACUAGCACCUUGAUGGCACUUUAAAUACCAUGGCUGUAUCCUAUGGCAUCCUGGGAUUUGUUAUUUGGGAAGGAACUGCUUUAGAAAGGCACUAGAGGUCUCAAGCAGACAGGUUUAAAGUACCUGACAAAACUAGAAAUCCCAGCAUUCCAUAGGAUGGAUCCUAAAGUGGUAUCAAACUGCUAUAACUAUCUUGUAGAUCAGAGAUAGCCAGUGGCUUCUAUGGCAGUAGUGGUAAAUCUACACCAGCUUUUAAAAGCGGUAUCAAAAAUCUUAGACCCUAAACAGGUUUAGCACCUUGGAUGCUUGUAUAAAGCAACUCAAAACCUGGUGUGGAUUCACUGCCCUGCUGAAUGGGGAGCCUGCAGCUGCCGCUGGUGUGGAUGCACUCCACAACCUCAUGCCUCAGACCGGACUACUCAGCAGCCUGCUAGCUGGAAGGUUUGGGGUGGAUCUUUCUAAAAGCUGCAGGGAGCUGUUUUCCCUGCCAGUUUUCUUCAGCUAUAAGCCAAGGGAAGUUUUGCAAACCCAAAGGAAAAGAACUGCCCUUGUAGGAACUGGCAGGCUUGGGUUUUUCCAGAUGGGGAGACGUCCAGGGUUGUUACAGCACAACUAGCCUUAAGUUUUACAAUGCAGUGAGGUAUUAUUUGAAAUAGCAUUUUUUUCUAAAGAGAAUAAUUCCAAAUAUAUAGAGAUAUGUAUGCAUAUAUAUUUAUAAAUAUGUGUAUGUAUAUAUGUUUAUGUUGUGUACACACAUACAUACACACACACACACACACACACAGAGUCAGCCAU